CCCUCCUCGGCUCCGAUCCUACCCAUGCCGGCCCAGGCGGCCUAUAAAAGCGCACCCCCGGCCCGUCUUCCUCCCACUGCAUGCCCAUUGCCCCCCCGGCCUUCGCCGUGCCAACGACACACCUCAUCACCGGCCGGAACAUUCCACGACCGAAGAAACCAGUCCCUAGCUAGUCCACGCACGACCAACAAGGCAGGCGAGCGACGACAGUCCAAAGCCUCCAAGAAGAAGAAGAACGAAGAUGCUGCGGAUGGAGGUGCAGCAGCAGCAGCAGGAGUCGGGAGUGAGCGGCGGCGUGGUGGCGGACGCGGCGGCGGCAUCCGGGGCGGAUGCCGCGCCGACGACGACGACGAUGGUGGCCGCGGCGCCGCACUCGGCGUCGGCGCUGGCGGUGUACGAGCGGGUGGCGCGCAUGGCGGGCGGGAACGCGGUGGUGGUGUUCAGCGCCAGCGGCUGCUGCAUGUGCCACGUCGUCAAGCGCCUGCUGCUGGGCCUCGGCGUCGGCCCCACCGUGUACGAGCUCGACCAGAUGGCCGCCGGCGGCGGCGGGGGCAGGGAGAUCCAGGCGGCGCUGGCGCAGCUGCUGCCGCCGGGCCAGCCGCCCCUGCCCGUCGUCUUCGUGGGCGGACGCCUCCUCGGCGGCGUCGAGAAGGUCAUGGCGUGCCACAUCAACGGCACCCUCGUCCCGCUCCUCAAGCAGGCCGGCGCGCUCUGGCUCUGAUCGCGCCGCCGCCGUCGUCGUCGUCGAUCGGCCACUGCAACAGUGUGUGUGUGUGGGUGUCCAUCUCCGUGCAUGCGAUCGAUCGCUGCCCCUUAGACCUUAGUUAGUUACUCACUUACUACCUUAGCUUGCGUUUUAAUGUAACCUCUACUAAGCUAGCUAGCUCUUGUUCUGUUCCGUGCCCAUGCAUGAGAGAGAUCGAGUAAUGCUGCAAUCGCCUGCUGCAAUUAAUGCAGCAGCGCACGAC